AUGGGCCCCUGUACCGCCUCCUCAUGCUGCUGCCAGGCCCGUAAUCUGUCAUGGGCCCCCGUACCGCCUCCUCAUGCUGCUGCCAGGCCCGUAAUCUGCCAUGGGCCCCCGUACCGCCUCCUCAUGCUGCUGCCAGGUCCAGAGUGUCUCAUGGGUCCCUGUACGGCCUCCCAUUGCUGCUGUCUCCAUCGCCACACUCUGCCAUGUGCCACUUUCAGGUCUCCUCACACUGCUGGUGGGUUCCAUUUUGUCAUAGGGUGCUGUAUGGCCUCCCAUUGCUGCUGCCUCCACCGCCACACUGUGGCUCCACACUCUGGUUUUGGCCCCGUGACUGCCCAAAUGAGUGAAGUGUGCGGUGAUUCUAAGAUCGACGGCACUCAUCUGCAUGUCAUACUGACUGACAGUAUUAUUUCUCUUCCCCAGCAGACUCCAAGGGCAUUUAAAUUAAAGGUACAGUGUUCUGCACUAAUAUAA